AUGGGCAUGACAGAUUUUCCCGUUGAUUUUGCUGCAACACAAGCAAAUGAAGAAUCGAGAACGAUUCCGACGAAUGACGAUGACUUUGACGCCAGGAGCAAUGUGUCUGAAGAAAGGGCUGGAACCAAACCUUCUGAACAAAUUCAUUCUCUUGAUGCCAGUCUUUGCGACGAAAUGUCUAACAGGGUUUCUUUUUUGAACUUUUCAGAGACUCAAGUGAAAACAGGCCAUUUUUGAAAUCAAGUUUCUUGAGCUGUAUGAUGAGAAAGAAAUAAUAUUUCGAUAACCUUUGAAAAGUCAAUGAAGCAUUUUGCAUCUAUAAAUGUUUUUAAGCAAAUUUGAAGAGAAUUUCAAAAGACCUCCCUCAAAAAUAAAUUUUAUUUCUAUGUCUAGACUUUCCCACGACAAUAUUUUUUCAGUCAGGCCUCGGCAAUACCAGCCUCCAUUUUCCGCUAUCGCCGCUUGCCGUCAUUCCAAUCGAACAUAAAGACCUCCUUCCGCAGCUCAACGAACAAAUGCAAAUUUUGGUCAACUACAUCAACUUUCUUGAGGAACGAUAUGAACGCCUUUCGGUUUGAAGAUGACCUUUUUUCUGAUUUCAAAUUCCAUUUCAGAAAGACCUUGAUCAUGAAAUGAUGACGUUUGCGUCUACUCUUGAUGAGGAGCGAUUUAAGAUUACGGUUAGCUUAUUUCCUGUUUCAGAGGUUUCGAACUCCAAUUUUCAGAAACUCGAGGAAAUGCUAAACGACACAAUUGACCUCCAUCAAGCUGAAUUCGAAGUGAGGAAAUAUGAAAAAUCUGUAUAGAUUUUCCGGCGUUUGACUAGCAUUGAAGGUCAUUUCAGCAAAGAGAGAAAAUUUUUAAAAUCUGCCAAAAAUCCAUUUCAAGGUCAAAACGGAAAUCUUUUAUAGCGUCCAGCUGUUCAUGAUUUUGAAGUUUUUCAAUUUUUUUAAUUAUAUCAAAAAGUUUUGUAAAUUUAUCUAUUUUAGAGUAUCAAAUCACAAAACGACAUUGCCGAGCGAAUAGAUUACCAACACGAUAAGAGGAUCCAAAACCUUGAGGAGAAGAUCGAAAGCCUCCAGAACCACGUAAGAGAAGGCAGAACCUUGUUUAUAAAACUUUUAAAAUGGGUAGAUCAUUCGGCUGGAAGAGACUUUGAAUUCACUUGUCGAGGUCCGUGCAAGUAAAGCUCCAAUUUGGGGUAGCGCCGCGCUCUCUGGAGCCAACAUUUUGGUAAGAAAUACUUCCCAUCUUUUCUAAUUGAUGGUUAUUUCAGGUAGAAAUUCUCAAGAUAGUUUUGUUUAUUGUGGCUGCGACCCUAGAUAUGCUUAGACCUCUUACUGGAUCCAGGUGAGGCUUUCAAAAUCAUCCCGUUCAAAUUUCCCAGUUACAGGAAUCGUGCUGGUUUUGUUAUUGUCGCGCUUGUACUUCUGUUCUUCUUUGGUCACCACAUCACGAAAUACAACCCGUUUUCGUUGUUCUUCUGGGCGAGAAACGCUGUCAAAAACUCUACAGAUAAAAAGACAUAA